CGUAUGUAAUUAAAAUUUAUUAAGGACUGACCUUAUUACAAAAGACUAUUUUGGAAAUUUACUCUUUUAUUUAAUUGGAAAAGUGUAAUGUGAGAUGUGACUUGAGGUAGUAGUAUAUUGUAAUCCGCAACCCUUUUCCCACUCCAUGCUUGUUGAUAUAAAAGUGCACGUCUCUCUUUCUCUUUUAAAUUUCACCAUUCUUCUUCACCUUGCAAUCCGCAGUCCAUAUAAAAACAAGGGAAGAAGAUGGAGAAACAGAUUUUGGAUUAUGUUUUGGUGCCACUGGGCCUCUUGGCGAUGGUGGCUUAUCACCUAUGGCUUCUCGCCCAGAUUCGGAAUAACCCCAAUCGCACCGUCAUCGGCGUCAAUGCUAUCAACCGCCGCUUAUGGGUCCGUGCUAUGAUGGAGGAUGUGUCGAAGAACGGGGUUUUGGCAGUUCAGACGCUGAGGAACAACAUAAUGGCGUCCACGCUUUUAGCGUCGACGGCGAUCAUGCUGAGCUCCCUCAUCGCCGUCUUGAUGACGGGCGUCAACGGAGAACGUUCCAUGAGGCUGUUGUUGGGGGACCAGAGCGAGCUGGCUUCGUGCGUCAAGUUCUUCUCGAUACUGGUGUGUUUCCUGGUGGCUUUCCUGUUCAAUGUGCAGUCGAUAAGAUACUACAGCCACGCCAGCUUCCUCAUCAACGUACCCUGCCGGAGGAAGAUGGCGGCAGAGGCUGGUCGAGACAGCCCGUGCGGGACGUUCGUGUUGACGGCGGAGUACGUGGGGAGGACGGUGAACAGAGGGAGCUAUUUUUGGUCUCUGGGGCUCAGAGCAUUUUACUUCUCCUUCCCCCUUUUUUUGUGGAUCUUUGGACCUAUUCCUAUGUUCGUCUGUUGCAUGGUCAUGGUCUGCAUGCUUUAUUUCCUGGACGUCACGGUAGGUUUCGGGUUGGUGGUUUCAACAGUUGAAGAGUCCAAUGAUGAGGUGGAGAACAUCUUGGGACUAUAUAUAUAGAUCAGAGCUAGUUUAGUAAUUGGUAUAGCCUGCCUAAGAUAGUUGUUACUCCCAUGUUCUAUCCAAUGGCUUUCUCCUAGGUUGCUUCGAUAUUAAGGUUUGAUUUUCCUCUCCCCAUCAACAUUCCUACUUAUUUCAUUGGAGUAUGUUGAUAAUGAAAACAUUAUAAUAAUGCAAUUGAUUCUUU